AUGAUCGAAGAUCUUUCAUAUUUAAUCUUUAACGAUUCGGUCACAUUUUAUAAUUUGACCAAUUAUGAUGUUCAAGAUCCAUCAUUUACAAUAUUUUCAUCAGCAUCAACUCCAUCUGAUUCAUCACAUCCAUAUCCACUACAAAUUAAUGUUGCAUUUGCUGUUAUUGGUACAUUCAUGUCAUUACUUACAAUAUGUGGUAAUAUACUGGUACUUGUUUCAUUUUUUGUUGAUCGACAAAUACGUCAUCCAACAAAUUAUUUCAUAUUUUCACUGGCUGUCAGCGAUUUUUUAAUCGGUUUUAUAUCAAUGCCAUUUCUAACACUAGCUAUAUACAAAAAUAAAUGGGUGCUUGGAUCAUUUUUAUGUGACAUAUGGUUAUCAUUAGAUUAUACUGUAUGUUUAGCGUCUAUAUAUACGGUACUUCUAAUUACUGUAGAUCGGUUUUGUUCAGUUAAAAUUCCAACUAAAUAUCGGAAUUGGAGAACAGAAAAACGAAUUAUCUUUUUGGUGCUUUUAACGUGGAUUAUUCCAGCAUUUAUUUUUUUUGCUUCAACCAUGGGUUUUCCGUUAUAUAGUAAAAAACCCAAUUUAAGUCUUACUAUUGGUUAUUUUUGGGUAACACUUUUAAUAAUGUUCACACUGUAUUUUUUUAUUUAUCAAGUUGCAAGUGCACUUGAAAAACGUUCACAACAAAAUGCUAAAAAAGUCUCUUCUCUUAUUGGACUACCAUCAUCAACAAUGACAAAUCUUGUAAUAAAUAUGUCAAAAAAUCAUCGAACUUCUCAACCAGAAAUCAUUUCAGCAUCUCCAACAUCAAAGAAAAAAAAGCAACAAACGUUUUCACAUCCAUCAUCACCAUGCAAACAUCAAACAAGUGUUGAUGAUGAUCCAGCUAGUUCACUAAAUAAUAACAAUAAUAAUAAUAAUAAUAAUAAUAAUAAUAAUCAGAAUGGAGCUGAUGCUACUAAUCGUUCAUCAUCAAAUGAAACAAGUGGUGAACAUACACCUACAGCUAUUGUUGCACCAAAUAUAACUAAUUUACUUGCACUUACUAAAGCUGGUAUGGAAGUACAUCAACAAUUAGAUGAAAAUCAAACACUUUUACCUAAUACACAAAAUAAAAAUUUAAUACCAACAACAAAAACAACCAAUCAAAAACCAUCUAGAAAGACUCCUAGUAAUAGUAAAGCAAGAAAAGCAUUACGUACAAUAACUGUAAUAAUGGGAGCAUUUGUUCUUUGUUGGACACCGUGGCAUAUUCAUACCAUUAUUCAAACAUUUUGUCAAACAUGUCGUGAAAGUAUUGUGUUUAACACAUAUCUAUUUCAUGCUUGUUAUUAUCUUUGCUACUUAAAUAGUCCAAUUAAUCCAUUUUGUUAUGCACUUGCUAAUAGACAAUUUAAAAAAACUUAUACACGCUUAUUACGAUGCGAUUUUCGAAAAUUGUAA